AUGCGCAUGGCCUACAUCAACGCCACACUCUGCCUCAUGUCCAAGCCCGCCCUCACCGACCCACGCCUCGCCGCGGGCGCAAAGUCGCGGUACGACGACUUCGUCGCCAUCCACAUCAACCAGACGCAGACGAUCCACAAUACGGCAAACUUCCUGACGUGGCACCGCCUCUUCGCGUGGAACUACGAGCAGGCCCUGAUCAGCGAGUGCGGCUACGACGGCGCCCUUCCCUACUGGGACUGGGCCGCCACGGCCGACGACCCGCUGCACGCCGAGAUCUUCGACGGCAGCGACUGGAGCAUGAGCGGCAACGGGGUUUACGCGCCCCACGGCUGCACCGCCGGCCGCCCGGGGAACUGCAUCCCGCCCGGGGACGGCGGCGGCUGCGUGGAUAAGGGCCCUUUCCGCGACAUGACGGUCAACCUCGGGCCCAUCCAGCCGCUGCUGACUGUCGAGGGGAUUGUCGCCAUGCCUGCGAAUGAUUCGCUGAAGUGGAACCCGAGGUGCCUGCGAAGGGACAUCACGAACUGGACCAGCACGCGGUGGACGUCGGAGAAGAAUCUCACAGAUCUUUUGACGCUUCAUGAUGAUAUCUCAAGUUUCCAGUACACCAUGCAGGGCAAUUACUCUGCGGGGGACUAUGGUGUGCAUGGUGGUGCGCACUUCAUCACAAGUGGUGACCCAGGCGGUGAUCUUUUCAACAGCCCGGGCGACCCAAUCUUCUUCCUUAACCAUGCUAUGAUCGACCGGGUUUUCUGGAUCUGGCAGAACCUUCACCCUGAAGAGCGGACAGAGGUUGUCGGCGCAACCAUCACCCGAGGAAACAACCCGCCGAGUCGGAAUGGGUCGCUGACGGAUGAGCUCUACAUGGGCGUACUGACCUCGUCACCACCUGUCACGAUCGGCCAGGCGGGAAGUACCCUGGGCAUCACUGGCGCUCCGUUCUGCUACAUUUACACUUAA